AUGGGUGCAAUGCAUAACCUCUUUACUCUACUCACAUUACUGUCUUUGAUUACUUCUGUAACUCAUGCCUGCUUUCUUACUGCAAAAUGGAAUCUUUAUGUUAUAAGUAAUAUUGAAGAUGAUAUUGUCGCUCAUAUUAAAUCAGGAGAUGAUGAUCUUGGUAAUCAUACAAUUCCAUUUAAUGGGAAUUACAACUGGUCAUUUUGUGACAGGAUUGAUGGCCGUACUCUUUUCUAUGGCUACUUUUGGUGGGGUUCAAAAUUCACGUCCUUGGCUUUGUUCGACAAUGAGCUUCGAGGCCCGUGUGCUCUAAACAAAGAGAGUGGUCAACAUUGUUAUUGGUUGGUUCGACCGGGUGGAUUUUAUGUAUCCGCAUAUAACAGAACUUUUGCUAACAAUUACUGGACGUUUAAAAAACAUUGGGAUGAAUAA